UCACGAUGAGUCACAUCCGUUUGCAUGUUAAUCUGGGAGGGAAGGAAAUAUCGAGAGUAUUUUGCCCUAAUAGCUGAGCAAGUAAUUUGAUUGUUAGCCACUUUUUUGUCGAACUUUUGACCCGAAGAAUACCUACAGGACAUCGUCAAAAGGAUUGAAUUUUCCGAUCUGCCGAGGAAAUGUCAUCAAGAUCGGAAGACGGCGUAAACUUACACAUUCCGAAAAAGUACACUUUAGGUCAUGAGAGGAAUGCUGGGGCACCUUGCCUAAAGUGUGGCCCAGUGAAGUGUGAGGGGGGAUUGGACUUGCAUUUUUGGAGAAAAAUCUGCAAAACAUGCAAGUGUAAACCUGAGGAACAUGAUAUCAAGAGUGUUGAAGAGGAGGCCCAUAAACUUGUGGUGCACAGUCUGUUCUCCAAAGACUCCCCUGUUGGACACAUUCGUGACUACUUCCGCAAACUUGAAGAAGCUAACAAAAACAAAGGACAGCAGUCCGAAUAUGCCAAGCAGUUUGCCUGGGUUCCACCCGGUCUCCAGCAGGGAGUGUUGAUGAAGUACAUGGAGUCGCUGCCUCCUGCAGUCAAGCCUAAAAAUGGCAGUGAAGGUGCAAAAUAUCGCCGCAAACAAAUGAUGUACCAGCUUCCUAUCCAUGACCAUGAUGAAAAUUAUUGUGACAGUUUGACUGAGCCUGAAAGAGCCAGCAUGAGGCAAUUCUGUGAAGACAGAAACCAGAAUGCCCUUGGUGUGGGCGAUGUACGAGAAAAGACCAACCCUGUCUCUAAGUGGGUCUGUUACCGAUGUGGUAACAACAUAAAACUUGGGGAGAUAGCUGUGUUCGCCUCACGCGCCGGAGAAGACAAGUGCUGGCAUCCGGGCUGCUUUGUGUGUUCAAUUUGCAACAACAUCUUAGUGGAUCUGAUUUAUUUCUUCAAGGAAGGAGCCAUCUACUGUGGCAGACAUUAUGCUGAGUUGUACAAACCCCGCUGUGCUGCCUGUGAUGAACUUAUCUUUAGCCGGGAGUACACUCAAGCCGAGGACCGCAACUGGCACCGUAAGCACUUCUGUUGUUACGAGUGUGAUUUGGAUCUUGGUGGUCUGUUGUACGUAGCACGUGAUGGGCACCCUCACUGCAUGCAGUGCUACAACCGUCUGUACGCCAAGAAGUGCUUUGACUGCCGUGAAAUCAUCAACGCUGACGCUCAGAGGAUCGAAUACGAGGGCUACUUCUGGCACGCGACCGACGCCUGCUUUAAGUGUGGGUUGUGCAAGAGAUCUCUGAUUGGAAAGCAGUUUCUCCGCCAUCCCAGGAAAAACCAGAUUUUCUGCUCCACCGAAUGCGCCAAGAGGUACACUUUAGGUCAUGAGAGGAAUGCUGGGGCACCUUGCCUAAAGUGUGGCCCAGUGAAGUGUGAGGGGGGAUUGGACUUGCAUUUUUGGAGAAAAAUCUGCAAAACAUGCAAGUGUAAACCUGAGGAACAUGAUAUCAAGAGUGUUGAAGAGGAGGCCCAUAAACUUGUGGUGCACAGUCUGUUCUCCAAAGACUCCCCUGUUGGACACAUUCGUGACUACUUCCGCAAACUUGAAGAAGCUAACAAAAACAAAGGACAGCAGUCCGAAUAUGCCAAGCAGUUUGCCUGGGUUCCACCCGGUCUCCAGCAGGGAGUGUUGAUGAAGUACAUGGAGUCGCUGCCUCCUGCAGUCAAGCCUAAAAAUGGCAGUGAAGGUGCAAAAUAUCGCCGCAAACAAAUGAUGUACCAGCUUCCUAUCCAUGACCAUGAUGAAAAUUAUUGUGACAGUUUGACUGAGCCUGAAAGAGCCAGCAUGAGGCAAUUCUGUGAAGACAGAAACCAGAAUGCCCUUGGUGUGGGCGAUGUACGAGAAAAGACCAACCCUGUCUCUAAGUGGGUCUGUUACCGAUGUGGUAACAACAUAAAACUUGGGGAGAUAGCUGUGUUCGCCUCACGCGCCGGAGAAGACAAGUGCUGGCAUCCGGGCUGCUUUGUGUGUUCAAUUUGCAACAACAUCUUAGUGGAUCUGAUUUAUUUCUUCAAGGAAGGAGCCAUCUACUGUGGCAGACAUUAUGCUGAGUUGUACAAACCCCGCUGUGCUGCCUGUGAUGAACUUAUCUUUAGCCGGGAGUACACUCAAGCCGAGGACCGCAACUGGCACCGUAAGCACUUCUGUUGUUACGAGUGUGAUUUGGAUCUUGGUGGUCUGUUGUACGUAGCACGUGAUGGGCACCCUCACUGCAUGCAGUGCUACAACCGUCUGUACGCCAAGAAGUGCUUUGACUGCCGUGAAAUCAUCAACGCUGACGCUCAGAGGAUCGAAUACGAGGGCUACUUCUGGCACGCGACCGACGCCUGCUUUAAGUGUGGGUUGUGCAAGAGAUCUCUGAUUGGAAAGCAGUUUCUCCGCCAUCCCAGGAAAAACCAGAUUUUCUGCUCCACCGAAUGCGCCAAGAGGUACUGAAGCUACACGCGAUGUACCACGACUGAUGCAUGACUGUCUGACAAGGGACAGUAGUUUUUAACGCCUUGAUUUAGGUUUUAUCCGUGAACGAUGUUAGAUUUUAGAAGUCGAGAUACAUUGUUAUGAAAGAGCGACGAAAGGAAUCGAGACAGUCGAAAGUCGCGAGAACGAACACCAGUUAUCUUGUUGUGUUAAAUUUUUGAAAACGAAUGUUUUUGAGGGGUGGGGAAACUUCUUAUUGUUAAAUUAAGUAUUCAUAUUGUUUCCCACGCUCGUGUCGUACAUGUUUGGUGCAUUAUUAUGAUGUAGCCAGCGUUUUAAUCGAUCAUACGGAUACAGGAGUUGUGAGUGCUUGUGUAUUACCGUCGCUUGUUAUUUGUUCAGACUUAAUAAAUGUAGGGAAUAUUCCCUUCACUGCAUAAUUUUUUAACAAAA